UCAGAGGGGGCACAAGGACAGGGUCUCGGGCUGGACAUAGACUCAGGUCUGUGGCUGGCCUGCUACAGCUGUGAGACCCAGGAAAUAUCUCAGCAUGGGCCUAGAGCUCUAUAUGGACCUGCUGUCAGCAGCCUGCCGUACGGUCUACAUCUUUGCCAGGAAGAACAGCAUCUCCUUUGACUUCCAGUUUGUAGAUCUCUUGAAAGGUCACCACCACAGCAGGGAAUACAUCGAGAUUAACCCCCUGAGGAGGUUGCCCUGUCUCAGAGAUGGAAAAUUUGUCUUAUCUGAAAGCGUGGCCAUCCUCUUCUACCUGUGCCGCAAGUACAGCGUGCCUUCUCAUUGGUACCCUCCAGACCUGCACACGCGUGCCCGUGUGGAUGAGUUCAUGUCCUGGCAUCACACGGCCAUUCAGCAGCCCAUGAACAAGUUACUCUGGAUCAAGUUGCUGAUCCCAAUGAUCACAGGAGAGAAGGUUUCGGAGGAAAAGAUGAACCAAGUAGUAGAAGAGGUGAAGAAAAACCUUCAGUUGUUCGAGGAGAAGUUUCUGCAGGACAGGAUGUUCAUCACAGGGGAUCACAUCUCACUGGCUGACUUGGUGGCCCUAACGGAGAUGAUGCAGCCCAUGGGGGGCAAUUAUAAUGUCUUCCUAGACAGCUCCAAGCUGGCUGAGUGGCGCAUGCGGGUGGAGCUGUACAUCGGCUCUGGCCUCUUCUGGGAGGCCCAUGACCGGCUGCUGAAGUUGGAAGAGUGGGAUGUUUCAACACUGGACCCCUUGGUCAAGGAGAGGAUCUGCAAAUUUCUGGAGAUGUACAAGUGACCCAGGGUCAGCUCAUCCGCCAGAGCCCCGCUGACUCAGGCCCCCGAGCCUCCUUCCUUAGGAGAGACACUAAAAACAAUCUUGUUCUUUUAUCUAAUAAAGAACUGGAACAUC